AUGAAUUUCAAAUCUCGUCCCGAGAAAUAUCGACGACCCCCCAUUCAAAAAAUCGAUGAAUCUGAAGAAAUAUCGGCUCUGAAUCUGGAGCUGAAUUGGCUGAAAAUUCGUAGAGAAAUGAGUGUCGAUGAGGAGAAUGAAAAAGACUAUCUGAAUCACACUCGAAUUGUUCGUCCCAACGCCACCGGAGCCCCAGAUUCUGACUUGGACCGCCCGUUAUUCGGGGAACGAAAAUCGACGUGGUAUACGGAUAGUAUCCGCACUACACGAAGCGAUUCGAUUAAACCGACGGCGUCGCGUAGCCGUCGAAUGGGUGGCAGAGCGAUGAGAGUGAUCGUUGUUGGUGGAAAAAAGGUCGGAAAGACCGCGAUUUUGAGACAAGUCGCUUGUGUUGAGGAUAUCACUAAUAAGACUGCACCAACGCUCAGCGGAAGCUCACUAAACAAGGGCUAUUCUGAACUGAACAACUACGGGUUCGAUCCACAGCACAAGAUCUGA